AUGCGGAAGGUGGAAUUGGAGCUAAACGUUAGGAGCUACAAUGCUGGGAUCAGCGCGUGCGAAACAUGUGCGCAGUGGCAGCAAGCAUUAUCGUUGUUCGACGAGAUAUGGGAUGCGAAGUUGGAGUUGGACGUUUUCAGCUACAGCGGUGGAAUCAGCGCGUGCGGGAAAGGCGGGCAAUGGCAGCAGGCGUUGUCGUUGUUCAACGAAAUGUGGCAAUCGAAGUUGGAGUUGGAUGUCUUUUGCUGCAGUGGGGGCGUCAGCGCAUGCGAGAAAGGCGGGCAGUGGCAGCAGGCGCUGUCGCUGCUAAGUGGGAUGUGGGACGCGACGAUGAAACCAGAUGCCUUUAUCUACGGUGCUGGGAUCAGCGCGUGCGAGAAAGGCGGGCAGUGGGAGCAAGCGAUGUCGCUGCUCAGCGAGAUGCGACAAGUGAAAUUGCAGCUUGACAUUGUAUGCUCCAGUGGCGCGAUCAGCGCCUGCGAAAAAUGCGGGCAGUGGCAGCAGGCAUUGUCAUUGCUCGGCAAGAUGCGGGAGGCGAAGUUGAAGCCAGACGUCACCAGCUGCAGCGCUGCGAUCAGCGCAUGUGAGAGAGGUGGACAGUGGCAACACGCGCUGUCGCUGCUUAGCAAGAUGCGGGAGGUUGAAUUGAGCCCAAACGUCAUCAGUUACACUGGUGUGAUCCGCGUGUUCGGAGUAGGCGGGCAGUGGCAGCAGGCAUUGUCGAUGUUGGGCGAAAUGUUAACGGCAACGCUAAAAUUGGACGUCCUCUGCUGCAAUGAAGGAAUCAACGCGUGUCAGCAAGGCGGGCAGUGGCAGCAGGCGUUGGCGGUGAUGGGGCAGAUGCAGUGGCUGAAGUUGGAGCUGAACGUCUCAGCUACAAUUGUGGCAUCAGCGCGUGCGGGAAUGGCGGGCAGUGGCAGCGGGCUCUGUCGCUUUUCAACGAGAUGCGAGAGGCGAAGGUGGAGCUCGAUGUUUUUUUACAACUCUGGGAUCGCCGCGUGCGAGGCAGCUGGAUCGUGGCAGCAGGCGUUGUCGCAGUUCGGCAAGAUGCAGGAGGCGAGCGUGGAGCCAGACAUCAUCUUACGCUACAACGUUGGGAUCAGCGCGUGCGAGAAAGGCAUGCAGUGGCAGCGGGCUCUGGUGCUGCUGAACGAGAUACCAGAGGCGAAGCUGGUGCCCGACGUCAUCAGCUGCCAAACUGUGACCAGGGCUUGCGACAGAAGCGGGCAGGUGCAGCAAGCGAUCUGGCUGCUCACCGCGACGCGGAAUGCGAAGCUCGAGUCCCACGUCGCCAGCCUCAGCGAUGCCAUCGUGAUUGCGAUGCAAAGGUCAGCGUCGCGCAGGUCCAGCCACAAUCCUGAGACCCGCGUGUGCGACAGAAGCAGGUAG